AUGCAGAUUAUGGCUGCCGCCAACCAAAAUCGCUUUUCGGCGUGCCUUGAAGCAGCCGCUAAAAUGAAAGCUGCAGGACUCAGGCCAGACGCUUCCAUUUACAACGCGUUAAUGGGUCUUGCUGCCCGGUCCGAUUCGUGGUUGUUUUCUUGGGCUAUUGUGGACGAUAUGAUGAAACUAGGGAUUGAACCGACAGCGACCACAUUUGCGCAUCUUAUAUAUGCUCAGCGCAACCGACCAUAUACCAAUCUAUGGAACGCAUACGACUUACUGAAUCAAUUGGGUAUUCAACUCACGCCGCCGGUCUACACGUCGAUUAUAGAAACCUAUGCUGCCGAGUCUAAUGUUGAAAUGAUGCUGCGGGUCUUUUUUGCCAUGAAGGAAAGGGGCCUAAUCCCAGAAUUAGCGGCUGCCCAAACCUUGGUUAGCACGCUGGCAACUACUGGUCACUCUCGACUAGCCAUUGAGGUGGCAAAUUACUUUGAAGAAGCCUCAACCCGUCAACUUGAACCAAAAGUGUGGCUUGAGUGUCUGACAUCGUCGGUCGACAAGUUAUAUGAAGAUGGGGUCUUGACCUGUUGGCCGCGGGUUGUUGACGAAUUGAACGUGUUGCCACCAGAAGGCGUCUGCGUGGGAGCUCUCAACACAGCGGCCCGCGCUGGUUUGCCAGAACUGGCGACAGAUGUCCUUCGCGUUCUGAAGCUUGCUGAGAUCGAAUGGCAAGAGUACCAUUUUGCGGCGUUGAUCGAGGCAUUCUGUCGUAAUAACCAACUAAAAGAGGCCCUCAUUACCCUUUCAAUUAUGCGGCAGAAUGACAUCGAGCCAUUGGAAAGCACAACAUCAUUCAUCUACGACAUUGUCAAACAAGACGUUGACAGCCUCGACCUUGCAUGGGGCUUGGUCGACGAAAUCAAAGAAUCAGGCAGUGGACUGGAUAUCGAAGCGCUGAAAGUCGUUUUGAAAGCGGCUGUCUUCCUGGGCGACUUACAGCGGGCAGUCGGUAUAUACAAAGCUAUCCCCAACUAUAACCUAACACCAGAUCUGGCGAUUUUCAACCUCCUUUUCCAGGGUUGCAUAACAGCACAACAUCGUCAACUUGGGGAUCUCCUUCUUGCGGACAUGAAAGCCGCCAAAAUCGAGCCUAAUAAGGAGACGUUCGAGAAAUUAAUUUAUCUCGCACUCACCCAAGAAACAUAUGAAGACGCCUUCUUCUACCUGGAAGAAAUGAAAGCCGCCAAACAUUUGCCUCCUCGGAAGAUAUACAUAGCGUUGGGAGAUAAGUGUACCGAAGCUCAAGAUCCCCGUGCUGAUAUGGUAUGGCAGGAGCUACGGGAGUGUGGGUAUAGACUAGAUGAUCCUCGUGUUAGACUUGCCGCAAGGGGGGUAUCAGAAAAACGGAAAACCAGUGAAUUCAGUUCAUGA